AUGGCGUCGAGAAGAAAACAGAGAUGGUGCCCUCAGCCCCUCACCCCUCUAAUGGAAGGCCCAGAUUUGGAGGUGGAGGAUGUUGACGACGGCGCCAAAAAGGAGAGCUCUUGGGAGGCCAUACGCGAGUGGUUUGGCUUACACAAAAAUGCAACCAGCAGCUUCUCGUCGGGGUACCAGAGGCAGGACCUCAGGCUCUUGCUCGGCGUCUUGGCCUGCCCGCUCGCCCCCAUUCCCAUCCCAUCCAACCCCACUUUCCAUCUUCAUAUCAAGGAUAUCCCUAUUGAGACAUCGGCUGCGUAUUAUAUUAUCCAACAGUAUCUAGCGGCGACCGGUUGCUCGAAGCAUGUGGGCCCCACGACUAGGAACAUGUACGCGUCGGGGAUGGUGAAGAUGGUGAGGUGCGAGACGGAGGUUUCGAACGGGAGGGGCGUACGGACGGUGGGUGGGGGUUCGAGGUCUUCUGGCGAGACUGGUUGCUUCGUGUUGUGGCGAAUGUCUCCCGAUAUGUGGUCGCUUGAGCUGUCGGUUGGCGGCACUAAAGUGGCGGCAGGCAGCGACGGGAGGACUGUGUGGCGGCACACGCCUUGGCUUGGCGUGCAUGCGGCUAAGGGUCCCCAACGCCCUCUACGCCGCAUUAUUCAGGUACCGAAUUACGACUUCUUUUCUUUUUCCACAUUUUUUCCAAUUAAAUUCAUCAUCCGUAGCGAGGGCCCCGCCGAGGUAAUACGGCACGUGCUCUACGGUUACUUCAGCCAGCGCAGUGGCCUUCUAGUGUAUAUGGAGGACUCACACCUUACGCGGGUCCACUCCACCGAUGAUGAUGAUGCCGUGUAUUGGGAGACGACAAUUGGGAGCGGCAUUGGUGAGUAUCGUGACGUGGACGGCGUCCUUAUUGCCCAUGGAGGGCGCACGGUGGCCACCGUGUUCCGAUUUGGGGAGACGUCGGCCGAGCACACGAGGACACGGAUGGAGGAGGUGUGGCGGAUACGUGACGUUGUGUUUGAUGUGCCGGGGCUUUCAGGGGACUCCUUUAUACCGCCCGCGGAUGUAUUUCACCCGCCCCCAACUACUGUGUCCCCCUGA